AAUAAAAUCUAAAAGAAGAAAGACAACAACAGCUGGUCAGCCAUCUCCGUAGCUUGCUAACCAACAUAGCGGAACCGCCCCAUCUCUUUAGACGCUUUCUGGUAUAUGAGCCACUCUGUUUUGAACACAUUUCUGUCGUUUAGCUAAUUAUCUCAUUUAAUUUCCUAUUUACCUUGUUAUUAGUCAGCUAGCUGGCUUGUUAAGUUAGCAUUAGCCUAGCUAGCUAACUGUUAGCUAACAUCCCCCGACCAUGAGUUCACCAAGCUACUCUCCUCCUGAUGAAGAGGAGGGGGUCUGCUGGACGGAGAAAGAGGGUCUGUGGCUGAAUGUUGUCGUGAAAGAGGAGAAUCAAGAGGAGGAUGUUACAGUAAAACAAGAAGUAGAGGAAGAGGAGGCUGUUACCAUACAAAAACAAGUAGAGGGUGAGUCUGUUACAGUGAAAGAAGAAGAGAAAGACGUUUCAGUGAAAGAAGAGGAAGACCCGAUCAGAGUGAAAGAAGAAGAUGAGGAUGUGACUGUAAAAGAAGAGGAGGUUGCAGUUUUUGGAGUGAAGGAGGAGAAAGAGGGAGAGAUAACUGUCAUAUUGGAAGAGGAGUCGGGAGAUCUGAUUAACACCGGAGAGAGACUGAACUAUCGUGGAUCUUCUGGGGAGCCUCAACAACCUCAUGACGCUGAAGAGGCAGAGACGAGUUUCUCCAGAUCAGAACACCUCAAGAAACACCAGCAGAGACCGUCAGAGAAGAAACCUCACCGCUGCUCUGACUGUGGGAAGAGUUUCAGCUCUUCUUCAGAUCUUAAAAUACACCAGAGAAUCCAUACAGGAGAGAAACCUUACAGCUGCUCCGACUGUGCAAGGAGUUUUACUACACGUAGUCAGAUGAUAUCUCAUAGGAGAACACACACAGGAGAAAAACCUUUCAGCUGUGAUCGAUGUGGGAAGAGUUUUGCUCAGUCAGGCAACCUGACAAUUCACCAGAGAACACACACGGGUGAGAAACCUUACCACUGCUCUGACUGUGGAAUGAGUUUUACUACCUCAGGUGGACUGAUAUCACACCAGAGAACACAUACAGGAGAUCAGUGUGGGAAGAGUUUUCCUGCCGCAAGGAACCUGAAUCUAGUUCACCAGAGAGAGAACACAGCUGAUCUGACUGUACACCAGAGAAGCUACACUGUAGAGAAACCAUACCAUUGCUCAGACUGUGGGAUGAGUUUUACUACAUCAAGUGGACUGAUAUCACACCAGAGAAUCCACACUGGAGAGAAACUAUACCACUGCUCAGAUUGUGGGAUGAGUUUUGCUGGAUUAGACAAACUGACUGUACACCAGAGGUUACACACAGAGAGGACUUUUAGUUGUGAUCAAUGUGGGAAAAACUUUGCUGCAGCAACAAACCUGAUAGUUCACCAGAGAACACACACGGGAGAGAGGCCUUAUAGCUGUGAUGAAUGUGGGAAGAGAUUCACUCAGUCAGCACACCUGACUGUACACCAGAGAACCCACACGGGAGAGCAGCCUUAUAGCUGCGAUCAAUGUGGGAAACAUUUUGCUUUGCCAGGAAACCUGACUGUACACAAGAGAACACACACCGGAGAGAAACCUUACAGCUGUGAUGUAUGUGAGGAUAGUUUUGCCACCUGGACUGCCCUGGCUACACACAAACGAAUCCACACAGGUGAGAAACCGUACCACUGCUCCGACUGUGGAAUGAGCUUUACUUCCUCAAGCGACUUGAGAAGACACCAGAGAAAACACACAGGAGAGAAACCUUACAGCUGUGAUCAGUGUGGGAAGAGCUUUAUUCGCUCAGACUCCCUGGCAAAACACAAGAAAAUACAUGCAGGAGCCACAGACCUGGGUAGUGGAACACAGAGUGUGGAAUGAUCUCCAACACCAGACCUGGGUAGUAGAACACAGAGUGUAGAAUGAUCUCCAACACCAGACCUGGGUAGUAGAACACACAGUGUUGAAUGUCUACUACAGAGUACAGAAUGAACUCCAACACCAGACCUGGGUAGUAGAACACACAGUGUUGAAUGUCUACUACAGAGUACAGAAUGAUCUCCAACACCAGACCUGGGUAGUAGAACACAGAGUGUAGAAUGAUCUCCAACACCAGACCUGGGUAGUAGAACACACAGUGUUGAAUGUCUACUACAGAGUACAGAAUGAACUCCAACACCAGACCUGGGUAGUAGAACACACAGUGUUGAAUGUCUACUACAGAGUACAGAAUGACCUCCAACACCAGACCUGGGUAGUAGAACACACAGUGUUGAAUGUCUACU